CCAAAGGACCAGGGGCAGGUUGAGUAGUCGCACCGAGCUCGGCAGCGAUGGAGUCGCACAGAGACGCUCUUUUUCCGACGGAUCUGGAUCCAGUGAAUGCGGACGCGAAGGAUGUCUGAAUCCGUAUAAUAUUAGGGGGUAACCCUCCGUUUUCACAUCCCCUACCAGUACACACAAAUAGGAUACGGGGUUGCAGUCAUGGCUGAACCUUUACUUAGAAGGACUUUCUCUCGGCUCCGCGGCAAGGAGAAAUUCCGCAGAAAAACAGAUCCGAAACUGGGGGAUAUCCCUGGGAAAACAGAUUUCCUACAAAGCUCUUCGUCAUCAUCGUCAUCUUCAGCAGUACAAGCUGAACCUCUCCCUACAGAGGACACCAGCAGACGUGGUCCUCUGAUCACAGUUGCCAAAAAACAGAACUGGGCCAAGCUUUCCUUAUCCCGGGACUCGCCAAGCACAGAGGGUCAACAUAGCCUGGGCUCUCGGGCUCCCAACUGGGAGAGCUGCUCAGGAAAAGCCCAAGUCUCAAAGCAGGCCUGGAGCCAAAAGACUCUGGGUGAGGAUGGCUUGGAAAGCAGACGUAAGGAUUUUGAGAGGGAACCGGGGUAUUGUGCUGCCUCUUGUGAGACACCCAGUGCAGCUUUGCCAGAAUUGACACAUCCAGUAGGGGGUUAUGCCGAGAUAUGCAUUUCCUCUAGCGGAGCGAAGCUUUCCGGGCAGGGGGCCUACCUCCAGACCCUCGACAGGAGCAGCCGAGCCUGGGUUCUCUCCACAGGAAAGCCCCAGGCUGCAGACGAGGCCUCCAGAUUACUCCCCAACUGUUUGACAGAAUGGAGGCAGGGGGCGGACAGGGAGAGCAACAUCUGGUAUAACCCCAUCCCGGAAGAGGAGGACUCGCGUUUCGGGGGGGGAGGUGGAAGCGCAGACUACGGGAACCCCUGGAGGAAGAGGGACGCGGAGGGAUCGCCAGAAAGCAAGAGAGACACCCAAACCCGGACCCAAAGAUGGGCGGGGUUACUCGGGAGCUCUGCUGCCAGUGGUGGGGGGUCCCGCUUAGAGAGCCAGGGCAGCAGUGGUGGUCAGUGCGUGCAGGGAAGCGCUGGCCCUGGGAGUGACUGUCAAACCAAAGAGCUCAUGGCGGAGUCCGCAGCAGUCAGCAAGAAGGAGCACCCAGAUGUGUCCCAGCAGGCCUCCCAGUUGGAAUCCCAGCAGGCAGGGGGCGGUAACAGUAGCAGCAGCGGCGGGAGUGAGGGUAACAGCACAGUGGCGGCCGGUCCCUCGGACAGUCCCGGCGCCCAGAAGAAAGGGGCCGGGGGCGGAGCCAGCAGCGUGAUGGACAAGAUCAAGUCCCCGGGGACGGUGCGGAGGCUCUCGAUGAAGAUGCGCAAGCUGCCCGAGCUGCGGAGGAAGCUGAGCCUACGCUCGUCCCGCACCCAGCGCCACGGGCCGGGCCAGAACCCCCCAGACGGCACGUCCCCGCCCAACGCCCGCAAGGAGUCCUCGAACAAUGUCAUCAGCCGCUAUCACCUGGAUACCAGUGCCCCCGCCCGCCCCCUGCGGCGCUCCUCCCGGGGACGCUCCACCAGCAAAGGGGGUUACCUGAGCGACGGGGACUCCCCCGAGCUCCCGCCCAAGCAGGGGGCCGCCCCGUCGCCCGAGACCACCCCACCCCCCCCUCCCCACUCGGCCGGCGAGGCCGUCCCGGACGCGGGCUCCUUCCGGCCGUACUGCCUGUCGGAGCAGCCCCGGUGCGCGCAGCGGGUCUCGGGCCUCCUCACGGUGCACCUCCUUGGGCUGGAGGAGGUCCUGCGCUCCCCGAAGUCGGACACCAACAAGGAGGUGUUCUGCGCCAUCCAGGUGGAUGGGGUGACCCGGGCGCGCACCGCCUUGCUCACUUGCCGGGGCCCCACCCUCCUGCUCAACCACACCUUCAACCUGGAGCUGGAGCGGGCCAGGCUGCUCAAGCUGGUGGUCCUCACCCCGCACCCCUGCUCCACCCCUGCCCCGCCCACCACCGUGCCACCCGGCCCGACAGCCCCCACUCGAAACCGCGUCUGCUGUCUGGGGGCGGUGGCCAUACCCCCACUGUUCAGAGGCUCUCGCUCUCAGCAACUCUGUGUGAAACUGGAGCCGCGGGGGCUCCUUUACGUGAAGCUUACCCUCCUGGAGCAGUGGGAGCCCCCCUCCCCGCGGCCCAGCGACCUCCAGCCUCCCAGCGUCUUUGGCGUGGAGCUGCGCCACCUGGUGGACAACGAGGGCUCCACCGUCAAGGUGCCCCUGAUCAUCCAGAAAUGCGUGGCGGAGAUCGAGAAGAGAGGGCUGAAGGUGGUGGGUCUGUAUCGCCUGUGUGGCUCCGCGGCGGUGAAGAAGGAACUGAGAGACGCGUUUGAGAGAGACAGCGCGGCCAUCGCCCUGACGGAAGAGCUGUACCCCGACAUUAACGUCAUUACCGGCAUCCUGAAGGACUACCUGCGUGAGCUGCCAUCCCCACUGAUCACCAGGACCCUGUACGAGGUGGUGCUGGAGGCCAUGACCCUGCGGCCACCCCGCGCUGCCCCCUGCGGGACAAGCGCGGACAUGCAGCGGUCUCAGAGCACCGUCUCCCUGCUGCAGUGCCUCCCAGAGCCAGAGAAGGCUACCCUGGCUCUCCUCCUGGAUCACCUCAGCCUGGUGGCCUCCCACAGCGACAGUAACCGCAUGACGUGUCAGAACCUGGCUGUGUGCUUUGGCCCGGUUCUUCUCACACCCAGCCAGGAGUCAUGGAGGCCGGGGGCCCAGGCCGUGGGGGGGGCACCCCGAGGUGGCCGCAGCUUCACCCACAGCGAGGAGAUCGCCAGCGCGGUGGACUUCAAGAGGCACAUCGAGGCUCUGCACUACCUGCUGCAGCUCUGGCCUAUCCCCACAGGUCGAGCCCCAGACGAGCACCCCACCCAGACUCACACCUCUGAGCCGCCUUCCUCCACCCCGCCGGUAUCCCAGAGUUCCCUGCGGCGCCGGGGCCAGCGCCUGCCCCUGCGUCUGGACCUGCCCCAGGAUGCGGUGGUGUCCCGGCGGGGGCGGGGGCGCCUGGAGAGCCCCCCCUGCAACCGGUACGCAGGUGACUGGAGUGUGUGCGGCCGCGACUUCCUGUCCGGCACCGAGGCGGACUACGACGAGGUGGCGGGCACCGACAGCGAGGAUGAGGAGGAGGAAGAGGAGGAGAGGCCACAGGAGCCCCUGAAGAAGAGCGACUGGGACUCUCCGGGACCCCUCUACGUAGAUGAGUUUGCCCUGGGCCCCGACGCUCUGGACCUGGACGCCCCUUUCACCUGUAGACUGAGUCUGAAGGACUUUGACACGCUCAUCUCCGACCUGGAGAGGGAGCUGUCCAAGCAGAUCAACAUCUGUCUGUGAGAAAUCUGGGCGGGGCUGGGGGGGGGGG